GCUAUGUUGUUAUUCCAGCACGAGCCUUUUAACAGCUAUAAAACAUAGGCUGAAUUAAAUAUCUCGAAAUAGCUAAACUAAUCUAAUACAUUUCUCUUGCUAAAUAGAGUUUCGAAAAACUCUGGUAUCUGCUCACAUAGUUUUAACUAGCUCGCUGGCAAACUUGAACCGAAAACUCUGUUACAACCACAUUCUGCAAUUGUUAGCUAGUAAACUACAAUAAAUUAGAGCUCCACAUAGCUUGCUAACUCGCUCAACUCGACCAUGUGCCAAGUUGAUGAGGAAUACAACGGACAGCUAGAUCACAGAGUGACCCCACGUGUCUCCAAGAAGUGUGUCAAAUGCAAAGAAAAUACAACUGUAUUGAUCAUCCGAGCUGGAUAUGCAUUUUGCAGGGGCUGCUUCAAGGAGUACUUCAUACACAAGUUCCGGGCCAUGCUGGGAAAGAACCGGGUCAUUUUCCCAGGAGAGAAGGUUCUUCUUGCGGUGUCUGGAGGGCCAGCCUCUAGCUCAAUGCUGUCACAGGUUCAAGAGGGUUUGAGUCGAGACGCACCCAAGAAGUUGAGAUUUGUCCCCGGAAUUAUCUACAUAGAUGAGGGCGGUGCCAGUGGUCAAAGCAUGGAAGAGCGGAAGAGGGCAGUGGCUCAACUGGAGUCAGUUUUCAGAGCCACUAAUUACCAUUACCACAUAGUCCACCUGGAGCAGGUACUCAGUCUCCCCAGCUCCGUGCUAGAGGCAGGGUCCUCGGCAACGGGAAAACCUCAGACUGGGUUGAGUUAUAAAGUUGCUGUGGACCACUUCAUCCCGACCAGGAAGAACCAGAACCAGCACCCAGACCUCUCUCUGGAGAAUGCCCAGAGUCACCUGUCCAAUCUGAGCCUGCAGGAGGUCCAGAAUGGAGUAACCAGCCCCAUCACCCCUGAACACACCCAAGCCCUUCAGAGACUGUUUUCCUCUGUGAGGACUCCGACAGCCAAAGAGGAUUUGCUACAUACACUGAGGCAGCACCUGAUUCUCCACACAGCGAGGACGCAGGGCUACACCAAGGUGAUGAUGGGGGACAGCUGCUCCCGCCUGGCCAUCAAACUGCUCAGCAACAUCUCUCUGGGGCGAGGUGCAUCGCUGGCAACGGACACGGGCUUCUCAGAUCCUCGCCACGGAGACGUGGUCAUUGUCAGACCCAUGAGGGACUACUCCUCUAAAGAAAUAGCCUAUUACAACAGAAUGUUUGACAUCCCCUCGGUCUUCAUCCCUGGCCUGGACUCUAAGGCACAAGACAAGGCCAGCAUUCAGCACUUGACAGAGAGCUUUGUCACCAAACUCCAGAUGGACUUCCCCUCUACUGUCAGCACAAUCUACAGGACCAGUGAGAAGCUCCACACAGCAUGUCCCCCUCAGAACACCAACACACAACUCUCUGCUAAGUGCCUACUGUGUGUCUGUGCCUUGGACACUAAACUAGAGGAGUUCUCUGCCUACCAGGCCACACUGAUCUCAGAGCAGCUGUCUCAGAGGCGGGGCCCAGGCCCUGAGUUCACCCCUGGUACAGCAGCAGCUCCAGGGUCGCCUCCAGCCUCCUCAGUAAGCCAGGGACACUCCUCUGGAGGGGGCCAGAGUCAGGGCUGUGAGACUGGAGAGGGGGGCUGCUGCUCCUCUGCUAAGGAGCCAGAGACAGUGGAUCUUAAAAGCCUGUUGUGUUACAGUUGUAGACUGACCAUCAAAGACAUGACUGCAUUAGAUGCCCUUCCCCAGUACAUACUGUCAGAGGCUGAGAGGAGAAGGUCUCAGAUGAGGGAGGAGAUCAGUGAGUUCCUGCUAGAUGAGGCAGAGGAUGAAGCCAUCCCGAGGGUCAAUGGGUCAUAGUGACUGGACACUGUCUAUCGGCACUGUGGCUGUUUGUCACAGUAUAAACUAAUACCAAUUGCUUUUCUUAUUUAUUUUCAGUCAGUUUAUUCAUUAUUUGUCUAUAAGACAACUAUAGACAGUUUAAAUCAAUCUUAACUGCACCCAAAAUG